AUGUCAACCAUUAUAAACGAUCUUGGCGAGGAGAUUCAGCCUGGCUACAGAGGCAACCUCAGCGAGUCGCAGCAAAGGGACCUUCGAGAGACUUGGCGACGUAUCUUCGAGCUUUUCGAGAAGAACAAGGAUGUCUCGGAGCGUGUCAUGCAGAAUGGUGGCCCCAGCAAGGUCAGUAAGCAAAAGGAUACUACCCCAGCCAAGAACGAAAAGGACGCCGGCAAGGACAUCCCCAAGGACGACAAGGCCAAGGAAGAAGCCAAGAAGGCCGAGGAGAUGAAGGAGAUGAACGAGUUCAUCGAUACUUAUGGUGGCCCCAUCCUCCGAACCACCAUGUGGGAGUUCACAAAGAUGGAUCACCCUGACACUUCGGUCCUUCGUUUCCUCCGUGCCCGAAAGUGGGACAUUGACCGUGCGCUUGCCAUGAUGGCCGCCGCCUGCAAAUUCCGUCUCGAAAAGAACAUCACCGACAUCAUUUUUAAGGGCGAGGACGGUCUCAAGGAUGUGCCUGGUUUCAUGAACCAGUUCCGUCGCGGUAUCUCGUACAUCAAGGGUAACACCGACAAGAUGGAGAACCCCAUCUACUUUAUCCACGUCGCCCGUCACUUUACCAGCGCACAGAAGCACGAGGUCUUGCAGGAUUAUGUCUUGCUUGCCAUGGAGAAUGCCCGUUUGCUCACUACCGCCCCCUACGAAAAGGCCGUCGUCGUCUUCGACAUGGCUGGUUUCGGUCUCAAAAACAUGGACUGGCAGUGCGUUCUCUUCCUCGUCAAGUGUCUCGAAGCCUAUUAUCCCGAAUCCCUUCAACGUAUCUACGUCCACGGCGCUCCUUGGAUCUUCAAAGGUAUCUGGCAGGUCCUCCAGCCCAUGCUCGAUCCUGUCGUCCGUGACAAGAUCAAAUUCUCCAGUAAGGCCAAGGAUCUCGAAGAGCUCAUCCCUUCAUCCAAGAUCCGCAAGGGUAUGGGUGGUACCAUGGACUGGGACUGGGACUACAUCGAGCCCCAGGCUGGUGAGAACGACAUCAUGAAGGACAGCAAAUCGCGCGCCAAGAUCGAAAAGGAGAUGAAGCAGCUCACCGACGAGUUUGAGAAAGUCAGUCGCGAGUGGAUUGAAACGAGCCAAAUUGACGCCGACAACCCCGAACUCUCCUACCGACGUGAGGUCCUUGCUCAGCAAAUCCGACUAAAAAACUACCAGCUCCAACCCUUUGUGCGUGCCAAGAACAUCUACCAACGUUCCGGUCUCAUGACCAUGGACGGUACCGUCACCUGGGAGUACCCGCAGGUCAACGGCAAGUCGAUCACCCAGGUUGUCAACGACCGUCACAAUUACGGUGCGAUAAUCAAGUGGCUCCAGGAGCACAACGAGGACACGCUCGAGGAUUCCUUUGGUCACAAGAAGCUUGCCGAGAUCUGCGAUGAUGGCACCAUCAAAGAGUCGUACGGUGGCGCAAAGAGUGCCAAGGCUGGCAAAGCUAGCAAGGACGCCAAGCCCGACAAGAAAUCGUCCAAGAAGGGCGCCGAAGCCGCUGGCGGUGCUGCCGCUGGUGCUGCUGCCGCCACCGCCGGUGCUGUCGGCCUCAAGAGGUCCAAGAGCAAGAAGAAGGAACCUGAACCGGAGCCCGAGCCCGAGCCCGAAGAGUCCGAUGAGGAUGGCUUUGUGGACCCCGAGUCCGAGUCUGAGCCUGAACCUGAGCCUGAACCCAAGCCCAAGCGCUCCGCUUCCACCAACAAGAACCUCGCCCGCAAGCCCAGCAAGAAAGCCGGCCAGCCUGAAUUGGACGAGGAACGCGACGACCACCAAUACAACCCACAGCAGCCUCAGACGUACACUGGCGCUGCUGUCGGCGCCGUCACUGGUGUCGCUGCCGGUGCCGCUGGCGCCGCCGCUGCUGGUUUCAACUACCUCCGCGGCGCCAACAAGAACAGCAACGGUGCUGCUGGAAACGGCCGUAACGUCGUCGAGGAGGACGAGGAGGACGACAACGAUGAAGACCACGGCGUUGCUCGUCCCAACCAGCGCCAGCAGCCUCGCACCGUCGACCACUAUCCCGAUGAGGACGAGGAAUUCGAUGAGGACGAGAGCCCCGACGAUGACCAGAUGUCGGCCUAUUCGGACGAAUCCAUUACCCCGGAGACUGCUGUGCGCCCCGACUACAUGCUGCAGAAGAUCAGCGCCUCGGACUGCCGCAUUGACGACAACGACUGCCGCGAGGAUCUGGCUACUGUGCGCGAAGCCAUGGCCCUCUUCCUCAAUUCGCGCAUGCGCGAGGCCGAGGAGCUCUGCAUGCAAGGUGCCGGCACCCGUCUCUACAAGGCCGAAGGUAUGGCUCUGAUCAACUCAGUCAAGUCGGUCAUGACCUUUGAGCCUGCUGACUUUGAGACGGCCAUCAUGUGCUGUCAGCACUCGAUGAAGAUUGCUGGCUUCCUACGUAAGAAGCAGGGUGCUAUCGGCAAGCUCAUCAGCGGCAAAAAGGGUGGUUUCCGGUCCAUGAGCUUGGUCCAGCUUCACGCCGAGCUCGUGUUUGCCGAAUCGCAGCUGCUCAAGUCAGUGCUCGGCAUCUUUUACUCGGGCGACAGCAUCGGUUUCGUCAAGCAAGCGUUGGGCUUGCGCUCCGCUUACUUCCUGGUUCGCGAGCUUUUCCGCUUCGUCGAGUCGGUCGAUGCCGAGGCCGAGGAGGCCGAGGUCUCGGGCAAGCGCGCCGACGUCAUCCACCUCGACCAGGACUUCCGAUCAGGUGUCUACCUUGGCAAUGCCGUCUGUUCGCUCGUUCUGUCCAUGCUUCCCACCAAGACGCUCAAGAUUAUGGAGGGCUUCGGUUUCGUCGGCGACCGCAAGUUUUCGCUCGACCUCUUCGCUCGUGCCGGUGGUUGGAGCAAGAGCAAGCCUCUGCCCACCAUCUCGGCUGACGAGGAGGGUGUAAGACGACCGCUUUGCGACAUUGUGAUCCUCAUGUACCACCUUUGGAUCUCGAGCUACAUUCCCGUCACGGAGCUUGACUUUGAGUUUGCCGACAAGGUACUCUCGUGGAACUUGGUGCGUUACCCUAACGGUAUCUUCUACCUGUUCUGGUCGGCCCGCCUCUACGCUGCCCAGGCGUUGCCCGAGAAGGCCAUCGAGUACUACCGAAACGCCAUCGAGUCACAGCGCGAGUUCAAGCAGUUGCACCACCUAUGCUUCUGGGAUCUCUCGCUCACCUACCUAUGCACUUGCGACUUUGCACGCGCGUACGAGUGCUACGACGUGCUUUCGCGCGAGUCCAACUGGUCCAAGGCGAUUUACCAGUAUGCCAAGGCGGUGAUGCUCUACGAGACGGGCAUGGACGACCGUGCCAAGAGCGCCACCAUCAUGCGCACCGUCAGCAAGCUCACCAAGAAGGUCGCUGGUCGCCAGAUUCCGUUUGAGCGAUUCGUCGCGCUCAAGGCCAAAAAGUACAAUGCUCAGCAGAACCGACUGCCUCUGCCCGGUCUCGAGUUCUCGUACCUGUGGCACUGCAUCGGUCAGACGCCCGUCUUUCUACUAGUCGAAAAUACGCUGACGCGCAUCGACGAGUUUAUUGACGAGCUCGAGUCGUACCACAACCCCAAGUCGUACGGCACGGGCGAGAACGAAUACUGGUCGGCCUACUGUUUGGCCUUCUUCCUGCGCGGUGUUGCGUUGCGCUUUGUGGCUUACCCUGAGCCGCAGACGCUGGUGCGCUUGCCUGCCGAGGACACGGUGGGUCCCAUCGAGGAGAUUCAGGCGGAUGCCGUUCAGUCGUUCAACAAGGUGUUCGAACACGGCUCCAAGCUUGACGAGGUGGACCGCUACCUGGUCUACUUUGCCCACUACGAGCUGGGUCGUCUGCGCGGCUGCAUGGGUCAGGACGAGGCGGCCAAGACCGAGUUUCGCAAGGUGCUUUCGGGCAAGCCGCUGGAAGCCAAGGGCAAGGGUCUCAUCGGUGGCGGCAGCAAGGCCAACUACUUGCUCAGCAACAUGUGUCAGGUUCGAGCACACGCUGCCAUGGAGACCAUGCGUAUCCAGAAGUCGAGGUCGCGCACUUCGUUCUUCCACGGUACCGAGGGAUCGUUGGCGAGCCAGAGCAUCGCGUCCAAGUCAACGCGCUCCAACUCUUUGGCCAGCUCCAACAGCAGGACCAUGAGCAUGACCUCGCGCGGCACAUCCUUAUCCAGCCGAUCGGGACGCGGUAGCAUCAAGUCCAACACGUACGACGCCGAAGAAGGUUACCGCGCCAAUGGUAACGGUCGUCCUCGUGCGCCAUCCCAGACCACCGAUUACUCACGCCGCCGUUGA